AUGGAAAUGAAGAGGAAUUUGGUAUUUCUCUCUCUUCUGGCUCUGCUAAUCUCUCCUCUCUCUUCUGCUACGCUUCGCAUACCGUCGGAUGCGAAGUUUCCGUCGACUCAGGCCGAGAAGUUGAUCAGAGAGCUCAAUUUGUUCCCCAAAGAAUCGAUCAACGUCGUCGAUCAGGACCACUCAUCUGCCUUGACGGGUUCGAAGCUCGUGGAGAAGCGUUUCAAAUUCCCUAAUUUGGCCGAUUCUGGCGAAUCCACUGAAGACCUAGGUCAUCAUGCGGGUUACUACCCGAUUCAACACUCACGUGGCGCUAAGAUGUUUUACUUCUUCUUUGAAUCGCGCAACAGCAAGCAGGACCCUGUUGUUAUUUGGUUGACUGGGGGGCCCGGGUGUAGCAGCGAGCUGGCUCUUUUCUAUGAAAAUGGGCCUUUCAGUAUUGCACAUAAUAUGUCUCUAGUGUGGAAUGAGUAUGGGUGGGACAAGGCAUCAAAUCUUCUAUAUGUUGAUCAACCUAUUGGGACAGGUUUUAGCUAUACUUCUGAUCGGCGUGACAUUCGUCACAAUGAAGCUGGUGUUAGCAAUGAUCUGUAUGACUUCAUGCAGGCCUUCUUUGCGGAGCAUCCUGAGUUUGCAAAUAAUGACUUUUACAUCACUGGAGAAUCAUACGCUGGACACUACAUUCCUGCUUUUGCUUCUCGAAUCCACCGAGGAAACAAAGCUAAAGAAGGGGCAUAUAUAAAUUUGAAGGGAUUUGCCAUUGGUAAUGGGCUUACCAAUCCAGAAAUCCAGUACAGAGCUUACACAGAUUAUGCAUUGGACAUGGGUUUAAUUAAGAAUUCUGAUUAUGAAAGUAUCAACAAGGUGCUUCCAGUGUGUGAAAAGGCAAUAAAGCUUUGCGGAACUGAUGGCACUAUCUCCUGUGUGGCCUCAUAUUUUGUCUGCAAUUCUAUAUUUAAUUCUAUCUUGGCGCGUGCUGGCAAUAUUAAUUACUAUGACAUCAGAGGGCAAUGUGAGGGCAGCCUCUGCUAUGACUUCUCAAAUAUGGAGAAAUAUCUCAACCUGAAGUCUGUCAGGGAUGCUCUCGGUGUUGGGAAGAUAGAUUUCGUCUCGUGUAGCCCUACCGUGUAUCAGGCCAUGCUUGUGGACUGGAUGAGAAAUCUUGAAGCUGGCAUUCCGGAACUUCUCGAGGAUGGAAUUAAGUUGCUUGUCUAUGCUGGAGAAUAUGAUCUUAUCUGCAACUGGCUUGGUAAUUCAAGAUGGGUUCAUGCCAUGGAGUGGAGUGGUCAGGAGGAGUUCAAAGCAUCUCCAGAUGUUGCUUUUGAAGUUGAUGGUUCUGAAGCAGGAUUGUUGAAAAGUCAUGGGCCUCUCAGUUUACUCAAGGUCCACGAUGCUGGUCAUAUGGUUCCCAUGGAUCAGCCUAAGGCUGCACUAGAUAUGCUGAAGAGGUGGACCCAGGGCUCACUUUCCGGACGUGCCGCUGAAUCCCAAAACUUGGUUUCCUCGAUAUGA